UAUAGUUUUGAGACAUCAGAACCUAAAUGCCAAAGACAUCUAUGACGACACACUUACUAGUGUUGUUUCUUGCAGUGGUGGUUCUCACCACUUCUUCCAGUGCUAAUUAUCAAUAUGGGAAGCCACCUCCUAUUGAGAAGCCACCUUAUCAAAAGCCUCCUCCCAUCGUGAAACCACCCCCAGAACACAAGCCACCAACCCCAGUCUAUGAAAAGCCUCCUCCUAUCAUUAAGCCACCCCCAGAGCACAAGCCACCCACCCCAGUCUAUGAAAAGCCUCCUCCUGUCGUGAAGCCACCCCCCGAGCACAAGCCACCAGCCCCAGUCUAUGAAAAGCCCCCUCCCGUCGUGAAGCCACCCCCCGAGCACAAGCCUCCAACCCCAGUUUAUGAAAAGCCCCCUCCCGUCGUGAAGCCACCCCCCGAGCACAAGCCACCAACCCCAGUUUAUGAAAAGCCCCCUCCCGUCGUGAAGCCACCCCCCGAGCACAAGCCCCCAACCCCAGUUUAUGAAAAGCCCCCUCCCGUCGUGAAGCCACCCCCCGAGCACAAGCCACCCACUCUUCCUCCCAUUGUAGAGGCACCGCCAAAGCACCCGCCAUUGCCACCUUAUGGUCAUGACUAUCCAGGACACCCUCCAGUCGAGAAGGGUCAAGACCCCCACAAACCACCCCAGAAGGUUUUGCCUCCUCCAGCACCGUACAAGAAGCCACCUACCAAUGCCUAACCUGGCCCUCCAGCCUUCAUCACCUAUUAAAUAAGAGCGUAGCAGUACUCAUGAUUAUGCGUCCUAGCUUGUGUCAUGUUCUGUUCGUCUAUAGCUAGCGGAUGAUUGCUCAAUUCACAUUGCUCAUUAAUUACAGUCUUGCUUCUACUUCUAACUGCUGAGCAUAUCCGAAUUUCUAGUUUAAUGCAGUGAAUUUCAUCUUCA